AUCCAAUUACAUUGCCGAAGCUUGAUGAACAACGCAGUCGCUCGAUGGGCGAGUUGGCGAACGGUAUGGAACGUUGGGCCGGUAAAGUUGCUGUGGUUACAGGAGCCAGCGCCGGAAUCGGAGCUUCAAUAGUCAGAGAACUGGUCCAAAAUGGUCUUGUGGUGGCUGGUCUUGCAAGAAGAGUCAAUAAAAUCGAAGAGCUAGCGGAGAGCUUGGAUGGGUCAUCCGGAAAAGUGUAUGCUGUUGAGUGUGACGUUUCUCAGGAAAAUUCGGUCCUUGCUGCCUUCGCUUGGAUUCGAGAGAAUCUUGGAAGCGUGGAUAUUCUCAUAAACAAUGCGGGAAUUACGAAAGACAGCAGCCUGACUGACGGAACUCUUGAGGAUUGGCGAUCGGUGUUUGACGUAAAUGUUCUUGGGUUGUGCCUGUGUACCAGAGAAGCUGUUCGCAUGAUGAAGGAAGCCGAACGAGAAGCUAUUGUCAUCCACAUAAGCAGUUUGGCCGGUGAAAAAAUUCCUGCGGUUCCAGGAUUCAACGUUUACCCUGCAUCGAAAAGAGCCGUGACUGGACUCGCACAAACACUUCGUCAUGAACUCAUGGGAACGCAAAUUCGUGUCACAAGCAUUAGUCCAGGCCUUGUGGAGACUGAGCUGAUGGCGACGAAUUCGAUGUUUUCCAAAGAGAUUCUCACCUCGCUGCCAAUUUUACAACCUGAAGACAUCGCUGCUGCUGUCGUUUACACUCUUUCGACUCCAGCUCACGUUCAAGUUCAAGACAUCAUUCUUCGGCCAGUCGGGGAGAAUUGGUGAACCCUUCAACUUCGGUGUGAUUUUACGAAAAAAUAUUUUCUGAUCAAACAAUAUUAUUGCUAACAUAAGAAGCUUUUAAUGACCUGUACUCGAGCUUUUGAGCUUAUUGUGAAUAGUGUUUUGAAAUCAUCUCUAAAAAUACUUACAAAUUAUACUGAGAGAACUUAAUAAAGUGAAUAUUUUGGCAACCGUU